AUGAAUACAGACUGGAGAUCCAUCUACAUUCUGACCAUUGUCAGCUUUUUGGGCUCUUUCAAGAUGGCCGCCAUGUCGUCCGGGUUAUGGGCCUACAUGAAGUUGGUAAGUUAACUUUUUUUUGUAAAAUACGUCAUAGAUAAGAUACCUUGUGGUCUGUCAUUUGAAAUCUACUAUUUUAUACCUAAUUUUAGCUCAAAAAUGAAAAAUUGUGAAAGUCUUCAAAAAAUGUAAAAAAUAAAAAUUUUUUUAAAUGGUUUUUUUAAUAAAAUUAAUGGUACAAAUUGGUACUGUUUUUGAUCCUAAAAUACGAAAUAGUGUCUUGUCUGUCUAGCACAAAUUAAAAACAUUUAAAUUUCGGGCAAAAAUUUGCAUAUUUUUCUCAAAACCUCAAAGGAACUCUUAUAUUAUCCUUUGUUUUUGAAGUUGUUUUUGUUUAACAAGUCAUAACUUAGUCAAAACUUUGAAUGUUAUGCCAUUUUUAACAACACGGUAUAGUGUAGAUCCUCAGCUUCAAAAUGUUAUGGAUAACAUGUACAUUUUCAGAUGGAUCCAGACGUAACCGAGUCAUUUUUCGGAGCCAUGCACUCGACCGCCAACUUUUCCAAUUUGUUCAUGUCAUUGAUCGCUGGUGUGGUCUGUAACAAAUUGGCCGAUACAAAGUAGGUAAAAUACGAUAUUAUUAAUUUUUUUAUUUUAAUUUUAAAACUUUUUAAUAAAAAAAAUUUUUAAUUAAAAUUUGUUUUUUCAGAAUCUGCAUCGUAGUGGGCAAAUCACUAUGGAUUUUCGCUGUUUUAUCGUAUUUAAUGGUGGAAUUGAUGCGAGGUCAUGCCAAAUUUUGGUUCUUGAGCAUGGAAGUGUGCUUCGGAUUGUCCAUGGGUAAGGUUUUUUAAAACUAUUUUUAUUAUUUAUUUAAGUAGGACAAGGUAGGGUAAGGUAAAGUAGGGCAAAGUAAGGUACAGUAAGAUAAAGUAGGGUAGGGUAGGGUAGGGUAGGGUAGGGUAGGGUAGGGUAGGGUAGGGUAGGGUAGGGUAGGGUAGGGUAGGGUAACUAUGUUAUUACUGAAAAAUAACAUUAUUUCUUCCAGGUCUAAUGAGUGUAUCACGUACUCACGUAGCCAUGACAUCAACAGAAAAAGAUCGGCCAAAAGCCGUCUCCAUCAUGACCCUAUCCAUCACAAUAGGUAUGGCCGUUGGUCCAGCUAUCAUGGUAUUCGUAUCUCUUAUGAGUUACCCCGGAAUCCUCAUGCCAUUUGGGGUCCACCUCAACUUAUACACAGCACCAAUGUAUCUGGUACUUUUGACGACGAUAAUUUCCGUCAUUUUACUGAUAUGUUGCUUUGAUGGUACUAUGAGAGUACCAAUAAGAAACAAGGAUAGUAUCAUCGUGCCGAAAACAAAAGGUAAAGGCUUUUUGGGUCUCAAAACGAAAACUUCCUACGACAAAUUUGCGGUUUUUAUCUGCUGUUUGACGAGGAUAGCACAAUCGACCAGUAUGUUGUUCUUGAUCAACGUUGGCGGGCCCUAUAUGAUGACUGCAUUUGGAUGGAGCAGUAAGGAGUUACUGAGGUAUAACUCUGUGAUGCAUACUGGAAUGGGUGUUAUUGGAAUCUUGAUUUGGUAAGUUUUGGAAAUUUUUAAACUUAUAAUUUAUUUUUAAAAAAUCACCUUUUAAGCUUAAAAAGCAUUUUUAGGCCUACAGUACAUUGUUUAAGCCUUAAAUUAACUUUUUAAACCUAAAAUUUUAUUUUAACCUAAGAUUUAAUUUUUUAGCCUAAAAUCUCAUUUUUAAGCCUUAAAUUCAUUUCUAAACCUAAAAUUCAGUUUUAAGCUUAAAACUCAUUUUUAACCCUAAAAUUCAUUUUUAAGCCUAAAAUUUAUUUUUUAAACCUAAAAUUUAUUUUUAAACUUAACAUUUUAUUUUCAAUUCUAAAAUUAUAUUUUUUUCUUUUCAGUACCUCCUACAUAACAAAAAUCACUCAACGAUAUCUCUCUGAUCGCCGUGCCAUUGUCAUUGGCAUAGCCUUAAAACUGCUCUUCUACAUCAUCACCUACCCAUACCCAUUCCUCAACAGUACCAUUCCAUACGAAGUCCGAGACCUUAACGGUACCAUAACCACACAUGGAUGUUCGGAACGCUUCGAUUGGUGUGCCACGACUCCACUUAUCAAUGAAUGGGUGUACUGUAUUGGCAAAGUACUGUUGUUGGGUACUGGCUUCCCAUUAACCAUGCUGAACUUGGACGUACUGUACUCAAAAGUGUUGGGCAAUAUUAAACAAGGAACUAUGCAGGGCAUUUUCUUGUGUUCUGGAGAGGUUUUGACCAUCAUUGGGCCGGUUAUAUUGACGUAGGUUUUUAAACUUUGAAAUUUCAAAAAAAUCAAAUUUUUUUUUCAAAAUCUGACAAAAGUAAUUAAUAAAAAAUCAAAUUUUGAACUACUUUUUGCCCCACUACAAUAUACGAUUCACUAUAAGCCUAAAUAGCCUUGAAUUUCGAAAAGAAACCAACCGUGGUCCCGUGGCGUAAUGGAUAACGCGUCUGACUUCUAAUCAGAAGAUUGCGGGUUCGACCCCCGCCGGGACCUAGUUGUCUUUUUGGACUGUUUCGGCUUUUAUAUUAAAAUAACAACCUAGAGCAAACCAAAUCGUAUUUUACAAUAAAAGUCGUUUUUAAAAAUGUCAUUUUUACUUCUAUUUUAAUAUACUUUGGCAUUUUUAGCCUUGUUUUGCAAAUUCUCUCCCUUUUUUCAGUUUUUGGUAAAAACAGCCUUUAAUUGACUAUUUUCAGGUCGAUUUACGAAGUGACAGGCCCGAAAUACAUUUGGCAAAUGAAUAUCAUAACUCUGGCUUCAAUUUUAAUCCUAUGGAUUGUGUAUUACAACCGAAUGAUCUCAGCGACACGGCGGAAGGAAGAAAGAAACAAGAAUCUACCGGUCGAAAUUCCUAUGGACAUAACGAUUCAGGACGACGCAAAACCGGUCGAAUCUAGUCCGCGUACUUUUUAA